UUUACAUAAGUGAAAUUUUAUACAUAGUUAAAUUUACAUAGUUCAUAGUCUAAUUUACGUCGUUUAUUCGUAAUGUAGAUUAUAUUUUACGCGUAAACACACUGCAACCGCGAUUGGCAGAUUAUCGGUAUCAGCCGAUAUCAGUGUCGGAUUGCCAGCAAUUAGUUACAAUGGUAACUAUACGGUCUCUCGAUAGAUGGCACUCACAUACUUGUUUUCUUUCCAAUCUCCAUAUGUUCUGCAUAGCACAUAUCCCGAUAUCUCUAUUUCUUUAGGCGUUACAUUCGUGCCUGUAACUAUGUUAUAACUGCAUGUCGUUUUUAACAAUUGCUUGAGAUACAGCAACACACAGCUUGGCCUUUUUUAAAUGAAUUUUACUACAUAUACAUGUAUUCUACGUAGAAGCUGAUGACAGACUGACAGACGAUCGAGAAGCGGUUCAAGCUCCCACGCGAUUGUUUGUUGAUUGGUGUGGUGACAGUUGUCACGUACAGUGAAUCGCUCUUGAUCGCUUCGUUACGAGAGAGAUGCACAGUCUUUCGUGCAUCGUUCAUGGGAGAUGUCAAGCUUUCACGAUUAUUGUGCCUAAUAACGCGUGCGCAAGUACAACGUUUACGACAUUGUCGCAUCGCAGAGAAUCGUAACCGCCCGCAGUCGUUCGUCUUCGGUUCAUUUUGGCCUAGUCUUAGCCUAACGUAGCCAAAGCUGUCUUGUUGAUCCUCGCACAGUCGACCGAUAGCCGUUCGUAGCGAGAUGGCGGAUGAUUCAAGUGUACGCGUUGCCGUGCGAAUAAGGCCUCAAGUAGCUCGCGAAGUGAUCGACAUGUGCAGGAUUUGUACUCAGGUACCUCAAGGGGAGCCGCAAGUUUUUCUUGGACCAGAUAAGGCCUUUACGUACGAUUACGUUUUUGAUACUCAAGUAAAUCAAAGCGCGAUUUAUGAAACAUGUGUAAAACGUCUUGUGGAAGGCGCGUUGGAUGGCUACAACGCAACGGUCUUCGCCUAUGGACAGACCGGUUCGGGCAAAACCUAUACCAUGGGUACAGGUUUCGAUGUCGAGCUCGAUGAUACUAUUGUCGGAAUUAUACCCAGAGCUAUUAGACACUUAUUUGAUGGAAUAGCGGAAAAGCAGCAACGUGCGAGGGAGUGCGCACAAAUGCCCCCGGAGUUUAAGGUUACAGCGCAAUUUUUAGAAUUAUAUAACGAAGAUUUAAAAGAUUUGUUGGAGCCAGGAGGACCGAGGGGUGGUGCGCGUAUUCACGAGGAUACGAUAGGUAAUAUACAUCUAGCUGGAGUAGAACCACGCAUCGUAACCACUCCCGAACAAGCACUAGAAUACCUUCGAUUGGGCGCGUUGUCGCGCACAACAGGAUCCACACAAAUGAACACGCAGUCCUCCAGAUCGCAUGCAAUAUUUACUUUGCACAUUAAACAGCAAAGAUGCAUCAAGGUCGACGACCCCGACGCGGACGUCGACACGAGCGGUGUCGAGCUAGCGAAUGAAUUUGAAACGUUAACUGCCAAGUUUCAUUUUGUCGAUCUGGCCGGUUCCGAGAGACUAAAAAGAACGGGUGCUACUGGUGACAGAGCGAAGGAAGGCAUUUCUAUCAAUUGUGGAUUGUUGGCUUUAGGUAAUGUUAUUUCCGCUCUUGGUGAUAAAACGAAGAAAGCUUCGCACAUACCAUAUAGAGACUCAAAAUUAACCAGAUUGCUUCAAGAUUCUCUUGGAGGAAAUAGUCAAACCGUUAUGAUAGCGUGCGUAUCACCAAGCGAUAGAGAUUUUAUGGAAACUUUAAGUACGUUAAAAUAUGCUAAUCGAGCGAGAAACAUAAAAAAUAAAGUUACUAUUAACCAGGACAAGAGCUCGAGAACAAUUGCUUCAUUACGACGAGAAAUUCAACAACUUCAAUUAGAAUUAAUGGAAUAUAGGCAAGGCAAGAGAAUCGUGGGUGAAGACGGAGUUAAUGACGCCUGGCAUGAAAAUCAAAUGUUGAGCAGCGAAUUACAAAGUCUUCGCACUAGAGUGAAAGCACUUUCGGAAACUGUUGAGGCAUUAACUGCCAAAAAUGCACUUUUGUUAGCGGAAAAAGCAGCGGGUCAUUGGGUAGCAGCCUCAAGCAAAGGUGAUGACCAAGUGACUAGUUUAAUACAGGGCUACGUUCAAGAAAUAGAAGAAUUAAGAGCUCGUCUACUGGAAGCGGAAGCCAUGUAUCAGCAAUUAAAGAAACGGCAGAUGCAGGUUAACGCAGCGAAUCCAUACGGAGAUAGUUCGUUUCAUUCCGAUUCUGCGUCUGUGUUGAUCGAUGCUAAGAGAGAUGUUGAAAAAGAAAUGGAGACAUUAAGAGCUUUGAAAGAACAAUACAGUGCUGGUAACACUAUCAAGCCAGAUGAAGAAAUAGAUGAUACGGAGAACGCACAGGAUUCUGUAAGUGAGGAUGAUUCCGACGAUGAUUCCGAUCGUAAAGAAGAGGACGAAGAAGAAGCGGCUAUGGGUCGAGAAUUGGAAGCGUUAACGUCUGACAUCGACGUUAAACAGCGCUUGAUACAAGAACUUGAGCUAUCUCAAAGACGUUUACAAACAAUGAAGCAGCAUUACGAGGAUAAAUUGUCUCAAUUGCAAGCACGUAUCAGAGACACUCAAGAAGAAAGGGAUAAGGUGUUGCUGUCAUUGCAGCAACAACCUGUACCGCCUACUGAAAAAGUGAAAAAAUUACGCGAUGAGUACGAGAAGAAACUCGCUAAUAUGCAAAAAGAGAUGCGACUUCUACAGUCUGCUAAAAAGGAACACGCAAGAUUAUUAAAGAACCAAUCUCAGAAUGAAAAUAGAUUGAGAGGUCUGAGAAAUGAACUUUCGGAAAUGAAGAGAGCGAAGGUAAAACUUCUAAAUAAAAUGCGAGAAGAAGCUCAGCGGCAUAAAGAAAACGAAUUGAGACGCAAUAGAGAGAUAGCACAAUUACGUAAGGAGAGUCGUAGGCAUGCAAACGUGAUCAGAACACUGGAAGCUGACAAAAGAAUGAAGGAAGUUGUUCUUCGACGUAAACAAGAGGAAGUAACGGCGUUACGAAAGAGGGAUAAAGGAUUGAGUCAAAAAGUUGCCGGUCGUGCACCAGUCAAACCGCUCAAUCUUAAAGCGUUGAAGCAAAGAUGGCAAACAUUCGAGAGAACGAUCGCUAAACAAGCAUUAGCGAAACAAGCCGCCGCAGAAACAGAAAGAGAAAUGGAAAGACUACUUCAGGAAAGGGAAGAAUUAGGAAGAGAUUUGGAAAAGCUUCAGAAACAUAGAAAUCAAAUUACAAACGCGAGAGGUGAUAUUAUUGAUAUUGAUGAAGAAAUCGAUAAUGUGGAAAGUAAAAUCAGUUAUUUACAGGAUAGUAUCGCGGAAUGUCAACGAGACAUGGUUGAGAUGGGCGAUGGUGAAGCGGAAGGUGAACCCGGUGUUGAAACGCUUAUCUCUACAAUUCGAACGGUAGACGAGGCACAGUACUUACUUCAACGGAUGCUCGCGUUUACUGUAGAACAAAGCUUCAUAGCCGCGCAAAAACAGCUCGAAGUACGAGAUAUGGAAUCACGACUUAAUCAAGUUGCACAAGAAAGCGAUGUACAACAUCAAUUAUUGGAGCACGUUCUACGCGAUAGAGAUCUCCUAUCUCUCACAAACAAUCAGAAUAACCUAUUAGCUUAUAGCCCAGCCAGCUCAAGAAGCUCUUCUCCUGACAAUGAAAGUUAUGGCCAAAUUAUAUUUGGCGAAGAAAAACAGCGUAAUAGCAAAGUUAGAAGAAGGACAACGCAACCACAAGAACUUCUCUAUGGUAUACACGCCUCAGAAAAUGUGAAAACAGACGAUCAGAAUCAAAAUCAUAAUCAUCCUCUUACUAGAGUUCCCAGUGCACCAGGUAGCCUAAAGGGACUGGUGUUGACGAGAAAUCAAUACGGUGGUACUGUAACUGGUGGAUCGCCAACUUUAAGUCGUCGUGACAGCACAUCGCCCAGAGCUUUGCGACGACCAAUUCAUCCAGGUGGAGGCUCUAUGGAGCAGGUAGCGAAUAUGGAUAUAUCUUCACCUCCUGGGUCACCGACUACGUACAGACGAUUCAAUAACCGCGAAGAGAACGUAUUCUCCAGACUCACUGCAAACAAACAACUAAUCGCGUCUGAACCACAGCCAAUGAAAGGAAUUAUCUCCCAGUACCAGGGCAAAGCGCAACCACGAGCUAUUUUGCAAUGUUCUCACGUUGCGGAAGGACAUAGCAAGGCCGUUCUUACUAUAUGCGUGACGUCGGAUUUACUUUUCAGCGGCUCGAAAGAUCGCACCGUGAAAGUAUGGGACUUAGAAACGGGAAUUGAAAGUUUGACUUUAAGCGGACAUCCUAAUAAUGUCGUCGCUGUAAAGUAUUCCGCUAUUCACCGGCUUCUGUUUAGCGUAUCCGCGGCAUACGUUAAAGUCUGGGAUUUAAGAAGUGGUAGUAGCUGCAUAAAAACGUUGUUCUCUUCGGGUCAAACUCAGGCCGGCCCUAUUGCAUUAUCGACUCCGUCUAGGAUGCUUCAAGUUCCCAUGGGCGAAACAACAAUUAACGAUUUAGCACUUAGCUUGGAUGAGCAGGAGCUGUACACUGCAGCCAGCGAUAAAGUUAGGAUAUGGGAUCUUCGUAAAUUAACGUACACUGCUAGAUUAACCACACCGCACACAGCAGCUGUUAUGUGUUUAACUGUUGCCGAAGAUGGUAGAGUAAUAGCGGGUAGCAAAGAUCAUCUGAUAUCUCUCGCUGAGCCUAAUAUAUCCGGACCGUCCGUUAGUUUAGCGCCACCGCAUUAUGAUGGAGUUCAGUGUUUAGCGACAAUCGGUUCUACAUUAUUUUCCGGCUCUAGAGAUAUGUGCAUUAAACGAUGGGAUCUAAGCAAAAUGGAAUUGGUACAAUCCCUGAACAAUGCCCACAAAGAUUGGAUUUUGGGAUUAUGCAUGAUAAAUAACGGUUCUAUCAUGAUUUCGGGAUGUCGUGGUGGUACAUUAAAGGCAUGGUCAGUUCCUAAGGAUCAAUUAGGGGAAUGUACGCCUAUCGGAGAAGUGCGAGCGCAUGUUUCCGCUAUCAAUGCUAUCGCGACCAAUCAACAGCAUAUAUUUACAGCAAGCAACUCUGGAGAAGUGAAGCUGUGGCGUAUACCCGAUUCCUCAUUAUCUAUGUCUAUCUCUACAGUUUCCCUUUAAUUUUAUUUGCUUUUUGCUUAUGCGUUUAUUGUGUUUGCGUUUAUCUCAUAUUUUUGUGAUAAUAUGCAUGUUUAUAGUUCACAUAUUUAAAAUAUUUUACACAUAACGUAGCAGUGAGGCUAUAUUCUUUGCUGCGCUUGUGUAACAUUCAUCGAAUGUUAUCAUACAUUUUAUGCAACACUAUAUCCUACAUUACUAAUGCUCUUAAGGGGAACAAAAUUAAUUAGAAAAUUAUCAACAUAUCAAAUAUAAUUUUUUUUUUAAUAAGUUAAAUAUCCUGCAAUUUAUUCUUGUGUAUACUCUAAACAUGUAAGUUUUCAAUUUUGUAAAGUCAAUUUGGUGAAUUUUGUACUCUGUAAUAUCAAUAAUUUCAUUAAAUUAAGAUCCCCUUAAAAUCAAAUAAAAAUUACAUACGAUUAAAUUUUGUUAACGUAAAUAUGAUGUAUAUUUAUUUUGCAUUAUUUUUGCAAAUUACGCCAUAUAAUUUGAAAUGCUACUACAAAAUCCUUUUUCAAAAUUGAACAAAUGUUUAAAAGAAUUAAAUUUAAGUGCACGAAAUAAUUUGCCUAAUUAUGGGCAUCCUUUUACUAUAGAAGAUAUGAAAUGAAUAUAAUCUAGUCUCUUGCAAAUCAAUAAAUCAAAAGAUGAAUGAUUCCAUCAGUUUUAUAACAAUUGUAAUAAGUUUUUUAGUAUAAUAUGUAUGGAUGUUUAAUUCAUUAUUAUUUGCUUCUAUGAUGUUUACUUCACUUUGGUGCUUUGCAUGGUCAUCUUGUCGAUACGAAGCGAUGGAACUGUGAAAUUGUGGAACUACUGCAAACGAGACGCAAGGACCUUCCACAGGAGCAACUCACUUAAAAGUUAACACACGAGUGUCGCGCAUAUACUAUGUAUUGUAUUUAAUUUGCAAUUAUACAGUUUUAAUUUAAUUUAAAUGAUAAUGCACUUGAUUUAUUAUAGUUUGUACUUUUUUUAUACAUUGUUAUUAUAUUGAUCUUUUAAAUAUUGUUGAUAAUACUCUUUCUGAACGUUUUUAUAUUUUUUAACUCUACGUAAUUUUAAUAAAUAUUAGAUGUGAUAAACAAUUUGUAAGACAAUAUGUUGCUUAAUUAACAAGAUAAUAAAUUGUAAAAUUAUUAAAAAAGGUCUAUCUAAAAUAGGAAUAAUGUGCAUUAUCAUAAGAUGCUUAUAUAAAUACAGGGCUUAGAUAAAAUAUUUAAUAGAAAAAGAAAAGCUAUGUGUUAUCUGAUAUUUAUUUUGUUAUGAACAUAAAGAUAUGAUCAUAAUUAUAAUAAUUAUAAUAUUUAUUCUUAAUACAAACAAUAAUUGUUGGUUAAUACUGUACAGUCUGAGGUCUCUGUAGGUUCCAAAUACUGGAUAUUGUCAGAGUUGGCUAUUAGUCAAUUUUCUUCUGAAAAUUUAAAAACGGUAUAUCUUAAUUAUAUUCAUAAUUGUCAUGAGAAAUAAAUUAAUUGUAUAAAAAAAGAGAAAAAAGGAAUAGUACAUGGUAAUUAUAGAAUUUUAGUAUAUA